UCUCCGGCCUCCUGCGGCGCGCACUGGACUCUGCGCUCAGCCUGCGGCACCGUGGCCUGGGCCUGCGGGGUGCCAAGGCUUUAGCUCUUUCUUUGAUGGUUGAUACCUCUAUCCUCACAUUAGACCUGAGUGACAACUGGCUGCAAGGAGAAGGGGCAGCUGCAAUUGCAGAGAUGCUGAAAGAAAACUGCUACAUUUCAGCUGUUGAUUUAUCUGACAACAAAUUAGGCGUUGAAGGAGCUAAGGCCUUGUCCGCUAUGCUUCUAGAAAAUACUACAAUUGUGUCCCUCCAGUUCUCAGGAAAUGAAUUUGAUGAUCAUGCAGCAAAGUAUUUAGCAGAUGCCAUCACAGCAAACAGCAAACUGGAAAUUCUGGAUCUGAGUUACAUCAUGUUUGAUGACAAAGCAGGUGAAAUUCUUGGAACAGCACUAGCAGAAAACUUUAGAUUAAAGGAACUUAAAAUCAGCUGGAACCAUUUCCAUAGCCAGGGGGCAGCUGCCUUCGCCAAAGGCUUAGGGGCAAACACGUUCCUCAAAGUGCUGGAUGUUUCCUACAGUGGCUUUGACAACAGCGGAGCAGCUGCCUUGGGGGAGGCUCUUAAAGCCAACAAUGUGCUGGAAAAGCUCAAUGUUAGCAACAACCGUAUUUUGGUGGAAGGAGCUCUGCACAUUGCAGCUGGCCUGAAAGAAAACAAGACUCUGAACAGACUUAAUGUGAGCAACUUUCCUAGGAAGAUGACCAGAAAUCCCAUGCAGAGUGAAGGCUGCUGUGGGGUCCUCAAAGCUCUACAGGCAAAUUCUGGCACUGGCAUAGAGAUCCUGGACUUGCCA